AUGAGGGCGGUCGCCGCACGGAGUUUCUUGACCAUUGCACGCGGCGACGCCCGCCUCAUGGCUGCGAGGGGCGCCUCUGUGUCUUCGCCCGCUCGCCCCAUGCUGAGAGGCGCCGUGUUUGACAUGGACGGCACGCUGACGGUGCCAAACCUCGACUUCAAGGCGAUGUACCAGCGCUGCGGUGUGCCGCUGUCGGAGGAUCUGCUGGCCAGCGUCGCCAACAUGCCGGCCGCAGAUGCCGCGGCGGCGAGCGCGGUGAUCGAGGAGAUGGAGGAGGAGGGCCGGCGGACGCUCGCCCUGGAGAGCGGAGUGAAGGAGCUGGCGGUGUGGCUCAGGUUUCACGGCGUGCCUACGGCGCUCGUGACCCGGAACUCGGCGCGGACGGUGGAGCAUCUCCACGACAAGCUGUGGGUACCGGCGGGCAUCCAAUCCCUCGCUUCUGGCCCGCCAUCAGCCGCGACGACGGGGCGGUGCCGCCGAAGCCGCACCCCGGCGCGCUGUCGGCCAUCGCGGAGCGGUGGGGCGUGGCCCCGAGCGCGGACCUGCUCAUGA